GGUCCAUUUUCAACAGCGGAGUCAGAUAAGUUAUGCUCUACUUGCAAGGAGAAUUAACAUCGCUGGGGGAUGUCACCGCCUCCAGCUCGGCUCAGCAAAAAUUUCUGACGAGCGUUUAAUAGAGGCUUAAGACGUUCUACAGCCGCCCCGCCGCUGCCCUUCGGUACUACCGGCACCCCACCCGGUGUAUGUACGAGUACAGAGGGCUCUAUCGUACCAGCGGCUCCCCCUCUCAACCAUAGCAGGAAGGAUUGCGGCCAAGAGACCAACCCCGCUAGGGCCUCGAGGCCAUGAUACGAGUAGACUUCCAAAAAGAAUACCGAGAUGUGCUUUGAGGAGCACUUGGAUAGGCUUUCCCUACUUGUGUUAUACCGGUACUAUAUCAUAUUUCUGCUAAGCACAGAAUUGAUCGUCCAUAAAACUUCACUUGGCUCUUCCCUAUUCACCACUUGAAGUUUAUUCCUAAGCCACGCCAAAGAUGCGAUGGAAUCGGAGAGGAAAGAACCAUUUUGCGGCUGAGUCAACAUACCGGUAUCACUGCUAGUGGCACCACACCACCCACCGUGAGGGUUCGCUAAGCGCAAUUACCAUCCGCAAGGCCCCAAACCUCGUCCUGGUUCAAUUUAUUUCGAGCCCCUGAAGGAAACGACCCAAACUAUGAUCAUACACCGCGACAUCCGUACUCGUCGGUAAUAAAGAGAAACAAGUUCGCUUCUCACUUCCACGAACGCCGAGAUGGAUCCCGUGAGUUUUCUUAGUUUAGUUGCAGGCAUCCCUGGUCUGUUUACUAGUUGUCUACAAGUCUACGAUUUAAUUUCAAGCGCCGCCUCCCAUGGAUCGGAUUUCCAAGUUAUGCUCUCUAAAGUUGAUGUGGAGCACGCGAGGUUCAUUCUCUGGGGAGGAACAGUGGGCUUGAUCCAGAGUUCCGCAUCAUCAACGGGCUCAGCGUUCGAUCCUCGAAUUGUGCAUCCGCAUAUACUCGAACCUGUCGCCAAAAUUCUUUCAUGCAUCCAAAAAUCUUUUGAGGACACCGAGAAGCUGAAGAAACGGUACGGGUUGGUAGCGGGUGGGGGGAAGUCAUCAUCACUUCCAAAUGACUCCAUCCAACUGUACGAGAGACCAACCCCUGCCUUCCUCUCCCUAUCGAUUUUCAAGGAAAUCUACGAGCGACAGCAAUUAGCAGGGGAGGAAAUGCAAAAACAAAAUUCGGUACUUAAAAAGGCUCGUUGGGCUAUCGUAGAUAAGGGAAGGUUUAGCACAGCCAUCAACGACCUCAAGACCUUCAACGAUAGUUUACAUAGACUUCUUCCUGACGUUGAGUGGAAGACUCAAGAGCGCCUCCGGCAGGAGGUUCUAGCUAGCCAAGACGAGAAUGUAUUAAGAUUGUUACAGCAGGCAUCAGAGGGAAAACAUACGGGUCUCAAGAGAGCGGCUACUACCAGACUUAAUAGGCUUAAUAGCAGGCAUCAACCCCCUCAAAUAGCUGCCCCGGAAGCUCAUGAGCUCCCAGCUAUCAACGAUCGCGAUUUUAGCAACCCUAGAAUAUGGGACGUCACCACAAGCCCCGGGUGGGCAUCCGGCCAAGGCUCCUAUGUGGAGGCUGACGGAGUAGAGAAGCCCAGAUCAAAAUCCUUCCCGAAUGCUGCAACCUUGGCCGGCCCAUGGGAUCAGGGUGGCCAUCCUAAUUCUCCUGCAGAACUGCCGUCGAGCGGGUCGCCCAUGGAUAUACGGGGAUCAGCCAGGUCUCUUGGAGGACGAGGGCCGAGGGCAGAGCUAGAAAUUUUCACCUCAUCUCGAGCCACCGAGGGGGAAGCGCUGGAUGGUCCAAAGUCACCAGAUAUUGUCUAUUUGGCGGGGAUGCAUAACCUCUUGGAUUUUCCUGAUUAUUUUUCGGGAGAGAUGACUCCGCCCCCGAAUGAUGCGAUACCCGAGCUCAGCGCCGAAACUUUCAACCAUGUUCAUGUUCCUCCUAAGUCGGGCUACGCCACCUCCCCUCCUCUCACACCAAAUCCAACAGAAGCUUUUUAUAUAUGCAUUGAUUUCCAAGAUAGCGGUACCAGGGCAGCUAUAGCGCAUUCAUCGACCCCAAAAGACUCUGAUGUAGUAGGUGGAUGGCCCGAUAAUGAUACCUGCGAUUCCUACAUCCAGAGUGCAUGGGUCCCAUCUGUGCUAGCAUAUGAUAGGUCUGACGGUGGGUGCCAAUGGGGGUAUCAAGUCCAAGAAUCGCAGGACCAAGCCGGCUGGUUUAUUGCACACCUCCAAGGGGAGAAAACCGGUUUAAUGACUUACCUUCGGCGACACGAUAAGGCGCUCCGGGAGGCUUUAGAGGAGUACUUUUAUCAUCUGUUACGGCAUUUGCUAGAGGCUGCUGAGAAGAAGUACGGGCGUGAUAUUUAUAUCAACUCGGGAAUCGGGUGCGCGCUUAUUGUGUCGAACAAGUGGGAGAACGGCGUCCGCACCCCGUUGAAGGAUGCGGUUCAGAACGCGCUCCUUAGUUUAGGAAUCAACUCGGACGUCGCACUUCAAGUUCAUACUUCCUUGGCUGCUUCGUACAUCUCCGCUAGACUCUUGACGCUGCAUCUCGAGGAGAAAAUUGGCACGGGUGGGAAUUCCGUCGAGGGGAAUGGAGGCUUAUUCAUGGUCUGCCACAUAAGUGCCGAGGCGCGGAAAUCAAUUACAAUCCAGACCCUCCAAGGCCGGCCAACCCCAAGCCCCGAAGCCACAAAUUACCGUCCCCCGCAAUUCUCCUCGGUCGGGAUGCAAUUUGUCUUCAGGGAAUUCGAAAAGUUGCUCGAACGCCAUUACGAAUACACCGGGAUCCGCUCCCACAAGCUGUAUGAUAGUGUUCGGAAGAACUGGCUACGCGCCGUACAGGAGUUCUCGGGACGGCAGAAUUCUGUUUGGAUUUCGUGUCCUCACUACCCGAACUGCUAUGAGUGCCAUUGCGUGGGUGGGGAGUUGAGCAUUACUAAGGGACAGAUGGAGGGGAUUCUGAAUAUCUUUUUCGCGGAAGUGUGUGCGCAGGUUCGGGAGGGGUUGAAGAAGGUGCCUGGGCAGGUGGGGGGGAGUAGAGCUUUUAAGGGCAUAUAUCUUUGUGGCGAUUUGGGAUCCGAGUGUAGCGCCAUGUACGGAUACCUUCGCAGAGAGCUACCGGAGCAGUCGAUCUAUCAACUUCCAAGGAGCGCAACUGAAGUUGCCACAGGAGCUACGGUGGCUGCGCUAAAACACAGGUCAAACCUCCCGAUAAAAGCGAUUUCGUGACAUGUUGGUCCCGGUUAAUGGCGUAUGUUGAGUUGUAUUGCAUUUGGUCUCGCUGGGUGGGUUAGGAAUCGGCGUUGGAGGUUGGAUGAUUUCUUGUGGGCUAUGUAAACAUGCUUGGUCAGAUCGGCAGGAUAUGUGAUAUAACACUAGGCAAUACAGAAUUU